AUAUAGCGCAUAGCUGGUCUACAAACAAAUUUUUCAUUUGACGAGAUUCUCAUACAAAUUUAGCAUAAUUCGAAAAUAUUGUUCAGAUCGAGUCAUAAUUAUAUAUAUUUACGUAUGUAUAAAAUAAGAAAUCAAAGUUAUUUGUAAAAAAUAUUUCUACUUGUGAAGGGUAUUAUAGCUACGGUCCUACCGAAGUUAACGUUUUUUUCUUGUUUAUCUUGAUUUCGUUGAGGCAAUGAAGAAAUACCAGUAUGGAGCAGAACAGAACAACGAAAACGUUGGAACAGCAGAUGGCGAAAAUUUUUGAUGAAAACGAUUUGUAUUAAUCUGUAUAUUUAACAUAAGGCAGAAAGCGAUAUAUGUAGAUACUAUGAUCACGGCUUUGCUAAUAACUAUUUAACUGAGCAAAUAUUUGUAAUCCGAACUGAAACUUUGCACACGCUGUUUUCUUCCCAAGCUGCUUUACAAACUGAAUGAUCGAAUAUACUCGUUCAUAUGCGUGUUCUCGAUUUUUUUACACUACCGAUGCAUUCAAUCUAUCAGUUUUUACAACAGGAGCAACAAUUUCUUAUCAUGAUCCAAUAUUUAUGCAGGAAAAUUAAAAAAAAUUGCAUCGACACCAAUUUAUAAAACCCUCUUAAUUGGUUAUUUAGACGUUUUAUUAUUAUUUUGAAAACAAAAGCAUUUAAGAUCCAGCGCCACUUGAGUAAAUAUUAGCAACCAAUUUUGGUAAGUCAACGAACGUUUGUGUGGACCUUGAAAAUGUUGGAAGACCAUAUGAUUUAUAACAAAUAUUUAAAGCAACUCAGUUCAGGUACCAUAGCUGUUAAGAAAGCAUUGUUCUGGCUGGAGAUCCUACGGGCUACACAUAUAGAAGUUUGUAAAAUAUAAGAAAUGCAAAUUCAAUAUAGCAUUGUACCAAUUAUGGUUAGUUUGGUAUUAACAAGUCGCUUAGGUUUGGUAUCGGCCAACAACACCAACUGUAAUGCGACCAAAAGCUGGCUUGUACCACAGACUUCUGGAGCUCCUCUUCUCGUUACUGCAGUGACAUUGGCAGCAACCAUUCUUCCAUUUACUAUCAGCGAAAGAAAUGUAAAAUUCUUUCUUUUAACUAGUGAUAACCCCACUAAGCCGUAUGAGUUAAGCAUAGGUGAUGUAAACUCAUUGAAUUCCUCCCCGUUUAAUCCCGGUGGCAAAAUAAUAGUCGUUAUACACGGCUGGUUAAAUGAUAGGAAUUCACCUAUGUGCCAAACAGUGGCAGCAGCCGCAAUCGCUACAAACAACACAAACGUGAUUAUUGUGGAUUGGGGUUGUAUAGCCAAGACUCCCAACUAUAUAUAUGCUGCCAAAUCAGUUCGGCUGGUUGGCCGCAUUGUGGCACAGUUUUUAGAUUUCCUUUGCCAAAAUAAACCAGUCGUCCGCUAUAAUAUCAUAGUGAUCGGUCACAGUUUGGGUGCACAUGUCGCAGGCUUUGCUGGAAGGUUUUAUACACUAGGAACAAUACUUGCUAUUUAUGCCCUAGACGCAGCGGGACCUCUAUUCGAUUACUGCCAUCCCGAAACACGAUUGUGUAAAAGCGAUGCAACAUAUGUGGAGGACAUGCACACUGGUUCCGCAUUUUUGAGUAUGAGAGAAUCCCUCGGCCAUGCUUCUUUCUAUGUGAAUGGUGGGGAAAGGCAAGACAAAUAUGCACCUGAUCUGUUCGGUUACUGUUCGCACAAGGUGACGGUUUCGUGUUGUGUAAAGGCGCCCCAAGGAUAUAGGUACCCGUCCAUAAGGUGUGCAACGUAUACCGAUGCCACGAAAAAUGAGUGUGGCUCUACGCUUAGUCCAGAGUCAAUGGUCUGGCUGAUACAUACCAAUAUCAGCGGUAUAUUCUACGUGAAUGCUACUGAUGAACCAGAAUACAAACUCGGUUCUUGGAAAUCGAUCUAAAAAAACAAUGGAAAAAACAACACAAAUGCACUGUAAGCUUAAAUUCAUAUUAAAGUAACAAUUUUACAAUAAAACACAUGAAAACAUA